AGUAAAGAGGAAUUCGACGUUAUUGUAGCUUUAGCGUUGGUGAAUUGUGCUCCUGAAAAGAAAGCAGAUGAUCAUUACAAGAUUAGAUUGUAAAUAAAUGAUUCCAACAUGUAUUCCGAUGAACAAUAUUUUACAAGUAUUCUUAAAUGCACCUCUGGUAACCGACCAGGAUCACCCCGAGAAACGCUGUGUUUGCUCCCGUCCCAAUUUUUGCCGUUUAACGACAAAAUCAAGCAGUUAUUAACGUGGAUUUGAUUUUAAUCCUCGCUCGGAUGUCCCUUCUUUUGUGCGAAGUUGUAUAGCGACGAUCGCGACAAACUUUUACACGUUUUGAGGACAAAAUGGGACGAAAAGAGGCCGCGGACGUCGCCAAAUGACGGACUACCGGAGAGGUUUCAAAGCUCUAGUAUUAAAAACAGCUUGUCUUCGCCAAAAAAUAUAAACUGAAUAAAGGUAAGAGGGUUAUGUCUCCUCUGGUGUAAAAAGUGUGGUGGGAGAUGUUUAUUUACGGCGUAGUUAGGGGCUAAAAAGUGGAAGAGAAAACACAAAAAGUGCGUCCACAUUUCUCCCGGAUAGCAGAGCGGAGGCUGGGUUGAGUCUCUACGGUUCUCAUGUGCCUUAUAAGUCCCGCCUCCUGCUCGCCUGCUGACAACUUGUCUGGUAAGAGACAAAGCAAAUAUCAGAAAUGGCAGAGACAGCACCAGCCGCUGUUGGACCGUCCAAGUCCCCGGGAAAAGCAAAGAAGAAGCCGGCGAGCAAAGCUCAGAGGAGCGAUGGGCCAAGCAUCCCCAAGAUGAUCCUCGAGGUGAUGGCUGAGUCCAAGGACCGAAAAGGCACCUCGGCGGCCGCGCUCAAGAAGGCUCUGGGGGUUAAAGGCUUGGACGUGGCCAAGUGCAACAAACGUAUCAACACCGCCCUCGUUCGAGUGGUGGAAAAAGGAGCUCUGGUACAAACAAAGGGAUCCGGCGCUUCUGGUUCCUUCAAACUGGCUAAGAAGGAAGCGGCUGCCAAGCCCAAGGCAGACAAGAAGAAGAAGACAUCCGCCGGCCAGAAGCCUGCCAAGAAAGUCAUAAAGCCUAAAAAGGCUGGAGCAGCAGCGUCACCCGCCAAGAAAAAGAACCCUAAGAAUUUUAAGAGGGCUGCGAACAAGUCUACUCCGAAGAAGUCCAAACCAGCAAGCAGUCCCAGCAAGACCGCAGCAAAAGCAAAACCAAAAGCUAAACCUGCCAAGAUAGUGGCUAAGAAGACGAAUAAAACUACCAAUACGACCAAGGCAAAAGUGACCAAGAAGCCAGCGCCCAAGAAGACAAAGAAGUGAGCCAGUGG